AUGCAUCAGCACGCGUUUGCCCUCAAAUUCCACUCCUUCUCUCCUCACUAUGCGUUAUCCGUCUCCAAUUUCCCCCUCCAAAGCCCUAAUCCUCUCCUCCCUAUUUUCCCGCCUUUCGCUCGAGUCCCGAAUGUGAGCAGCUCCGUCUGCCUCCGCUGUCUGAGCAGCGCCGCCGAUGUAUCUCCCGUUAGGUACGCUGAUGGCUCCUCCAUCGUCUCUCUCGGGGAAACUGGAGGAGUCGUGGUGGCGGAGAAACCUAUCGAUGUCGCAACCUUGGGUAAUCUCUGCGUCGACAUUGUUCUCAGUGUUAACGAGUUGCCCCCGCCUUCUCGGAGAGACCGCAAGGCGCUCAUGGACGAACUCUCUACUUCUCCCCCAGAUAAGAAAUACUGGGAAGCAGGUGGAAACUGCAACAUGGCUAUAGCAGCUGCUAGACUGGGGCUUCACUGUGUUGCUAUCGGUCACGUAGGGGAUGAGAUCUAUGGAGAGUUUCUUCUAGAUGUGCUUCAUGAGGAGGGCAUAGGUACGGUUGCGUUGGAUGGACUAAUAAAUGCCAAAGACACCAGCUCAUACUGUGAAACUCUUAUUUGCUGGGUUCUUGUGGAUCCUCUGCAGAGGCACGGGUUUUGCAGUCGAGCUGAUUUCAAGGACGAGCCUGCUUUCAGUUGGAUAACUGACCUAUCUGAUGAAGUAAAGUUGGCAAUCAGACAGUCAAAAGUUCUUUUCUGCAAUGGUUAUGACUUUGAUGAUUUCAGCCCUAGUUUUAUAAUGUCAGCGAUAGAUUAUGCUACCAAAGUUGGGACAGCUAUCUUCUUUGAUCCUGGACCACGGGGAAAGAGUCUUUCCAAGGGAACUCCUGAUGAGCGCAGAGCACUUGCUCACUUCUUAAGAAUGAGUGAUGUUCUUCUACUGACUUCUGAGGAGGCUGAGGCUCUAACUGGCAACAGGAACCCUGUAAAAGCAGGACAAGAAAUUCUGAGGAGUGGAAAGGGAACAAAGUGGGUGAUAGUAAAAAUGGGCUCAAAGGGUUCCAUUCUAGUGACCAAAUCAAGUGUCUCAGUGGCACCUGCAUUUAAGGUGGAGGUGGUUGACACUGUUGGAUGUGGAGACAGUUUUGUGGCUGCAAUUGCAUUGGGUUAUAUACGCAACAUGCCGCUUGUUAACACCUUAACAGUUGCAAAUGCGGUUGGAGCAGCAACUGCAAUGGGGUGUGGAGCAGGUAGAAAUGUUGCAAAAAGGCAUCAAGUGGUGGAUCUCAUGAAGGCCUCGAAGCUAAAUGAUGAAGAAAACUUUUUCGAAGAAUUGCUCGCUGAAAAUACGGAAUCUCCUAAAGUGAAUCUUUUAUCAAAAGGGAUGAGAAAGGAGGGGAGCAACAAGCAGCAGAUAGAGAUAAUCUCUAUGGAAAAAGUGGUGUCUGAAUUGCUUCCAGAGCUUGAACUUGGGAGGUGUUGUGUAAAGGCUUCAUCUUGA